AUGGGCCACAAUCCAGGGCAGCAGGCUGCCCAGAAGGGCCGCGCAUCGUCGGCGGCAAAAGAUCGAGGCAAGGGACCUCUCGGUAUUCAAAAGCGAAGACGCUCCCGCGCUGUGAAAGCACAAACGUCGCGACGACUCGCUGCCCGGGCCACCGAACAGGAGCAACUGAAUCCUGCUGCCCAUGACAGAUCAUCCCAACGGGCACCUAGUGCGGCUGGCGAACGCGGCACGAAACGACGAAACGACCUACUCAGCCAGACUUCAGGCUCCAUCCAUAAGCGUCCCCGUCCAUCUCCCAGGUCAUGCGGUGCGGAGGAUGCAACCAGCAGACCCGAUAUUCAUCACGCUUACACUGCUGAUACCGCUGAGCCGAUCGACGUUGUUGGGUUUUGGACUCAAGAAAACAAGUGGCCCCAAGAAUACUUUCAACUAGAUAUAGAGCAGUUACUUGCCCAAAAACUAUAUCCAGUGUCUCGUAAUCGCAAGCGGUCAAAUUCUGCUACCUCCACGACGCCUAGCGAUCAGGCACCAAGAGACGAGAAGAGCGCUCUAUAUAGAGACGCACGGUAUGAACUGCUCCUCCAGACUAAAGAAGGAGACCAACUAGUCCCUCAAGACACAGUUUUCGACGACUCUAUUUUUGCGCAUGCAUGCUGCAAUUUACAGAGUAAAAAUGAAGCUAGGGUGAUUCAGGAUAUAUCUCGACUUAUUGUCCCUUCUGCCGAAACUCUAGCUCUUCGUAUCAAAAGUCUUAGGCACCUGCACCUUAUAGAGAGCGUCAAUGAGGGCUGGAAUAACUCGAUGCCACUGACUGGGACUCGCCCGCAACCAGAUUACUCAGUUGGCUUUAAACGCAAAGCCUUUAGCGACCUUCAGCUGGCUAAGCUAUCGCUAUUUAUAGGCGACUUUAUUGGCGGAGAUCAGUCCCUUUUUAUGGCAACUUACUACAUGUAUUUUCCGUCCUUCACAUGCGAGGUAAAGUGCGGCGCUGCUGCGCUAGACGUCGCAGAUCGGCAGAAUGCUCAUAGCACUGCUUUAGCAGUGCGAGCCACUACCAAGCUCUUCCGUGCUGUCAACCGAGAAGAUGAGGUUCACCGACAUAUUCAGGCCUUUUCCAUCUCUCACGAUCACACUUCUGUAAGGAUAUACGGCUACUACCCUGUGCUAGAAGGAAGGGACAGUACUAAGUGCUACCGUCAUUCAAUUCGCAAAUUUGACUUCACGGAAUUGGAUGGUAAAGAAAGGUGGACCGCGUAUCGGUUCACAAAAAACCUAUACGAGCUGUGGGCACCGGCCCAUUUCAAGAGACUCUGCUCAGCCAUUGACCAAUUACCGCUAGACCUUUCAUUGCCGCCAGCAGGAUUCCCACAGGACUCGCAGAGCCAUCAUUUGAUCCGGUCGGAUGGGGACCUGCUUCCGCUUCCCAGUGAGCAUGCAAGUCAAUCCAGCCACGCCAAACCAGAGACGGCUACACCAAGCACAUCAUUCACGGGUUCAGGGGCGGCAACGAAGCGUAGAGGAAAGGAAUAG